GCCCGCCCCGCGCGCCCAGCCCACUCCGCGGGCGAGCGGAUGCUCGGGGAAGCCGCCGCAGCCCUGGCUGCGCAGCUGUAGUGCAGAGAAGCGGAGGACCGGGAGGCAGGAUGCCGGCGUUCCACAGCCCGAGACUGCGUUUCCUGUGAGGCCAGGUCGCGCACUCCAGAUGUGCUGCAAUGGUGACAUAAACUGUUGACUGAGAGUAGGAGCGUGGCUGGAACUCCAUCCUUCCUCCUGGCGUUUGUUUUUUUUUUAAUGGUGCUUCUGCUGGAAUAGUCAAAGAAGUCCGUCCAACAUGAGUUUUAUCAUGAAACUUCACAGACACUUUCAGAGAACCCUGAUUCUGCUUGCCACAUUUUGUACGCUGAGCAUUAUUAUUUCUGCUUACUACCUGUACAGUGGCUACAAACAGGAGAGCGAGCUCUCCGGGAGGGCGUCGGAAGUGGACUGCGGUGACCUCCAGCACAUACCGUCCAGGCUGAUGGACGUGAAGAGGGCAAUGCUUUCCGAUGCUUCCAGGACAGACCCCACAGUCCUGGUGUUUGUGGAGAGCCAGUACUCAUCCCUCGGUCAAGACAUCAUUACAAUGCUAGAAUCCAUUCGGUUUCACUAUCACACUGAAAUCGCACCUGGAAAAGGAGACCUUCCAGCCCUUACAGACAGUGUGAAAGGCAAAUACAUUCUCAUUAUUUAUGAGAAUAUUUUAAAGUAUAUAAACAUGGACUCUUGGAAUAGAAGCCUCUUAGAUAAAUACUGUAUAGAAUAUGGUGUGGGUAUCAUUGGAUUCCACAAAACUGGUGAGAAAAACCUACAGAGCUUUCAAUUCAGGGGCUUCCCCUUCUCCAUAAGUGGAAACCUGGCUGUAAAAGACUGCUGUAUUAACCCUCACUCCCCUCUGCUUCAUGUGACCAAGUCAUCCAAGCUUGACAGGGGCUCUUUACCGGGAACAGACUGGACAGUUUUCCAGGUUAACCACUCCACCUACCAGCCAGUAAUAUUUGCCAAAGUUAAGACUCCAGAAAACCUAUCUCCUCCCAUCUCUAAAGGUGCUUUUUAUGCCACUAUCAUCCAUGACCUGGGGCUUCAUGAUGGGAUCCAGCGAGUUCUUUUUGGCAACAACUUGAACUUUUGGUUGCACAAGCUCAUCUUCAUAGAUGCCAUCUCCUUCUUGUCUGGGAAGAGGCUGACAUUGUCCUUGGACAGAUACAUCCUUGUGGACAUUGAUGACAUAUUUGUGGGGAAGGAGGGAACAAGAAUGAACACCAAUGAUGUGAAGGCCCUGCUUGACACUCAGAACCUUUUGCGCACACAAAUCACAAAUUUUACAUUCAACCUUGGAUUUUCAGGGAAAUUUUAUCACACAGGAACAGAAGAGGAAGAUGAAGGGGAUGACUGUCUGUUGGGGUCUGUGGAUGAGUUCUGGUGGUUUCCCCACAUGUGGAGUCACAUGCAGCCCCACCUCUUCCACAAUGAGUCCUCUUUAGUGGAGCAGAUGAUUCUCAACAAAAAGUUUGCCUUAGAGCACGGCAUCCCUACCGACAUGGGCUAUGCGGUGUCCCCUCACCAUUCAGGCGUCUACCCUGUCCACGUCCAGCUUUACGAGGCCUGGAAGAAGGUCUGGAAUAUUAAAAUCACCAGCACUGAAGAGUACCCGCAUCUGAAACCAGCUAGAUACCGGAGAGGCUUCAUCCACAAAAACAUCAUGGUUCUUCCAAGACAAACCUGUGGGCUCUUCACUCACACAAUUUUCUACAAGGAAUAUCCAGGAGGUCCCAAGGAACUGGACAAGAGUAUUCAUGGAGGGGAGCUCUUUUUCACUGUGGUUCUCAACCCAAUCAGUAUUUUCAUGACCCACUUGUCUAACUAUGGAAAUGACCGACUGGGAUUAUAUACGUUUGUGAAUCUAGCCAAUUUCGUGCAGACCUGGACCAACCUACGUCUUCAGACGCUGCCUCCGGCUCAGCUGGCUCACAAGUAUUUUGAGCUCUUUCCUGAUCAGAAAGACCCUCUCUGGCAGAACCCCUGUGAUGACAAACGCCACAGAGACAUUUGGUCUAAAGAAAAAACCUGCGAUCGUUUACCAAAAUUCUUGGUAAUAGGACCCCAGAAAACUGGUACCACUGCCUUGUGUCUGUUCCUGAUUAUGCAUCCUUCCAUCCUUAGUAACUCCCCCAGCCCAAAAUCCUUUGAGGAGGUACAGUUCUUUAAUAGAAAUAACUACCACAGGGGGAUUGAUUGGUACAUGGAUUUCUUCCCAGUCCCAUCUAACGUCUCCACCGACUUUCUGUUUGAGAAGAGUGCCAAUUACUUCCACUCAGAGGAAGCUCCUAAAAGGGCUGCUUCUCUGGUCCCUAAAGCCAAAAUCAUCACCAUCCUCAUUGACCCAUCGGACCGGGCAUACUCCUGGUACCAGCAUCAGCGAUCCCAUGAAGACCCUGCAGCUCUGAAGUUCAGCUUCUAUGAAGUAAUCUCUGCUGGACCCCAUGCACCCUGGGAACUCCGAACCCUGCAGAAGAGAUGCCUAGUCCCUGGGUGGUACGCCAGUCACAUUGAGAGAUGGCUUGUCUAUUUCCCUCCCUUUCAGCUGCUAGUUAUCGACGGGCAGCAGCUAAGAACUGACCCUGCGGCAGUGAUGGAUGAAGUCCAGAAGUUUCUAGGAGUUACGCCUCACUACAAUUACUCCGAAGCUUUAACAUUUGAUUCUCAUAAAGGCUUUUGGUGUCAGCUAUUGGAAGAAGGAAAAACAAAAUGCCUUGGAAAGAGUAAAGGAAGAAAGUAUCCACCGAUGGAUUCUGAUAGCGUUUCUGUCCAGCUACUACCGCGACCACAACGUGGAGCUGUCGAAGCUGCUGCACAGGCUCGGGCAGCCUCUGCCCUCGUGGCUGAGACAGGAGCUGCAGAAGGUGAGGUAGCACGGAGGAAACAGGAACCCAUCCCGGGUACUGGCACACACUCCUCCUCCAGAGCUCAGAGAAGCAACCAAAAAGCUGUCAAACACAUACCUCUUCAUCAAGAAAAACAAGCAAGGUUCUCCAUGUGCUGGCAUGUGGAUGAUUGGGGGGUGGGGCAUAAAAAGCAUCUCUAAGAAACAUCUGGGCCUAUGGCCUUCCUCUUAACCCAUAUCUGAUGAGUGAGAGUAGACUACUCUGUACUCACGUGGAAGUCAACAGCAACCAACGUAAAUUUAAAAACAAAGAACAGAAACACUGACAAAGACCUGUUCCAUUUCAUAGUAAUAUUUACAGUUUUGUAUAUCAACUAAAGUUGUAUUUCUGUAGAUUUCUGGACCACUGUUUGACUGUAAAAAUGUUUUCUUACUUGAUUCUGUGGAGUAUCCAAUAAGACGAUAAACAUCACCGUGUAAAAUUCCAAAAAGUGUGAAAAAUGCUGCCAGCAUAGGCCAUGAUUGUGUGUGAGAACAGAGACUGGGAAGUAAUAUAUGGGCUUUAUCUCCAUCAAAGAGAGGCAAGGGAGGUGAUUCUCCUUGCGCAUUGUCCAGUGUGUUCACGUAGCUCUGUACUGUAAACAGAAACACAUUUGUGCAUCAAAAUGGUGAGUGAUGCUGGAAGAGUACUGACUAAACCCUCUAACAGAGAGAUAUGGUGAACAUCA